AUGGAUGAACCUUUUGAGUGUCUUCUCAGAGAUGCCAUUCAAACACUCCUUGGUGACAUCACCACAAGUCCAAGCAAGUUUUUUAAUGCAGUCAUGGAUGUUGAUUGGUUUAUGGAGACGUCAUUUUCCUUCUUCUCUGCAGUGUUACUGCAGUUUUUCAUCAUGUUUGAUGAGUUGAUCUUUUGCCAGAGCAUUUGUAGUAGUAGCAGGUCACAGAAACCACUUGCCACUAGUGGAAGGGAGCAGGAGAUGUGUUUUCUGAUCCCACCUCAUUUGCUGGAAGUUGUGCAGGCACCCUCACUCGUGCGACUUGCCUGUGCAGACCACAAGCUUUUUGAGUUUUUCAUGUAUGUCUGCUGCAUCCUGAUGCUCUUGAUCCCUCUGUCUCUCAUAUUGGCGUCCUACACUCUCAUCCUGGCUGCUGUGCUCCGCAUGCAGUCCACUGCUGCCCGAAAGAAAGCCUUUGCCACCUGCUCAUCUCACCUGGCUGUCGUGGGGCUCUUCUAUGGCACCCUCAUGUUUAUCUACAUGCGGCCCAAGUCCUUCCAUUCAGUGGCUCAUGACAAGUUGGUCUCUGCUUUUUACACCAUCUUUACACCUGUGUUGAACCCCCUCAUGUACAGUGUGAGAAAUAAAGAAGUCAAGGGGGCUUUGAGAAAGUGGCUGAAGAGAUAUUUUUUGUGA